CAAAGUUAAAUCAAUUUUUCAAAUAUAUAUAUAAAGAUCCACUUUUUUUUCUUUAUUUAUUUAUAAAAUAUACUUGUUGUGUUGAUGCCUUUGUUUGGAUGAGUUAACAAAUUUAUUUGCCAAGCUCAACUAUUUAGAAUAAUCUAUCCAUCAUUUACCCUAAUUAUUCUCUUAUCUGUCUCCGACACAUAAAUGCAUGAAUAAUUGUUAAAAUAAUUGCAAUAAACUAUUGGAGAUUUAUGACAUUUUAAAAAAUCAACUACUAAAAUUCUUCUAAAAAUAAAAAUUUACAUUAAUGUAAUUCUCAAAAUUGAGAGAUGUAUAAAAAGGAUAUCGUAAAUAACAAAACUAUUAAAAAUAUAUUAAAAUUUUAAAUUUUGUCGAUAGACACUAAUAGAUAUCUAGCUAUCAUUUUUAGAUAAAUUUAAAAUUUUACUCGGUUUUUUUUUUUUUUUUUUUUGUUCAUUUUGUAAAUAAAUAGUUAGCUGUAUUUUCAAAGGAAAUAAUAAAUCUAUAAUUUAUCCAAAAAUAAAAUGAGUCGUUUUCGAUUCAUAUUCAAAUAAUCAAUAAAGCAUUGACAAAUUAGAAGGAAAAAACCCGAUCUAUUCGGUAACCAACCAGCUGUCGUUUCGAGAUCCAAAAAAGGGACAAAAGCCCGCGGAAACGACGCCGUACAGACACGGUUAAUACAACUACUAAUCCUUCAUUUCAGUCUUCUUCUUCCUCUCGCAACUCGAAACACAUCCCAAAAAAAGAACCACGAGAUUUCACGAUGCCGUACUACACCAGAGAUGAUGAAGCCGUCGACGACUUCGACGAGUACGAUCCGACGCCUUACGGCGGCGGCUUCGACCUCUUUCUGACUUAUGGCCGUCCACUUUCACCCUCCGAAGAAACCUGCUACCCUCACUCCGCCGGCAACGACGAUAACAUCGAUUACGAACGUCCCCAGUUUGAAUCCUACGCCGAGCCCUCCGCUUACGGCGACGACGCCCUCCAGGCUGAGUACAGCAGCUACUCCCGUCCAAAGCCCCAUUCCUAUGGAGCUCCCUCUGGGGAACAAGGAUAUGGAUCUGGCGGCUAUGAGUCUUCCAGGCCACAGCCGGCUUAUGGCUUCCAGCCUAGUGGAUCGGAGUAUGGAUCUGAAGGAUAUCGCCGUAAACCGGAGUCUGGGGAACAGGAGUACGGAUCUGGUGGGUAUGGGAGGAAACAGGAAACGGAGUCUUACGGAUCUGGAGAGUAUGGAUCUGGUGGGUAUAGGAGGAAACAGGAGUCGGAGUCUUACGGAUCGGAAGAGUAUGUAUCUGGUGGAUAUGGGGGGAGACAGGAAUCGGAUUCUUACGGAUCUGGUGGAUAUGGACGGAGACAGGAAUCAGACUCUUAUGGAUCUGGUGGGUAUGGGAGGAGACAAGAAGAGGGCGAAUCGGAGGGAUACCGACGGCAAUCGGAAUCUGAAGAGUAUGGAUCGGGGAGGAAACAGAGGUAUGGAGAAGAAGGGUAUGAGGGUUCUGGGUAUAGAAGGGAGGAAUAUGAGAGGCCGAGUUAUGGGGAUGAGGAGCCGAGGAGGCCGAGCUAUGGGCGAUCGGAGGAAGAGGAUUACCGGAAGCCAAGCUACGAGAGGCGCGAUGAGGAUGAAGGAUAUGGGCGCAAGAAAUACGGUGGGGAUUCCGACGAGGAGGAGAAGCACAGCCGCCGCCACCACCACCACCACCACCGCCGGAACUAUGACGAUGAGUGAGUAUCUGAGUUAGUGAUCGGCGUUCUGAAAUGGGUACUAAAUAAAAGGUUGGGACGCCCAUUGGUUGGUUGUUUCUUAUGCAUUUGUCCAACUGUGUGUUGUGUUGAUGCUUUUGGUUUACUGUUUUGAAUGUUUUUGUGUGGUUUUUGUUGUUUUGUGAUUUUGGGACAUAACAACAACAAUCUACUUCCUAUGUACUUCAAUCAAAGUUUAUUAUGAUGUUUGGUUA